ACUAUUCAACUGUCAUCUAUUCCUUCUUAUCCGUGACGUGUAUUGUGAGUUGGGGAAAAUUUUCAAGAAAAUUGAAAAAUUCUGGACCGAAAUCCCCGCCCACAGCUUUAUUCAAGCUUGUGACCAAGUCAUUGUUUUGACGCCUUCCUAAAAAUUCAAGAAUCGAAGAAAUAUAAGGUUUAGCUUGAGAAUUUGUCUUGCGAAAAGCGUAGACGGGCAAGAACAAUUGGAAGCAAACGUCAUAAGAACAAAGUAUUGAAGAAUUCGGAAGGAGUCGGUGUACGGGUUGGCUGUGCUUGUAGUAGUGGUUGUGCGGAAGAUUAAGAAAAUUGUUAGGCGAACAAGUGAAAAUGAGGAAAUAGUAUUAUCGACGUGAAUUGCUGUUCGAAGGGCCGAAGUGGAACUUUUUGCAGAUACGCGUUGGUAAAGUGCGUAAUCGACGACUGGCCGACGUUGGAGUUGUGGUGCACUUUUACUUCAAUUUUUGUUCACCUUUCUGUUUUAUUUUGUAUACGUAUAUGCUCCCCAUAAUAUCUGACCCAAAAGACUUAGGUUAACAAAUUGAAGGCAAUAAAGUUCACACCUGAUACUAACUGCUAACCCAAACCAGCGAAAACAUGAUGAAUGAGGACACAAGUACGCCGUCGGGCGGUGGAGUGAAGAUGUUUUUCGUGCGCCUAUCACAAAUGUACCAAUCGACCCUGGAUCGUUGGACGCCACAUACCAGAAUGCGUUGGGCGGGUGCGAUUCUGCUGAUAUUGCUCUUCCUGCUACGCAUCUUCAUUUACCAGGGCUGGUAUAUAGUAUGUUAUGCGCUGGGAAUAUACCAUCUAAAUCUGUUUAUUGCAUUUCUAACACCAAAAAUUGACCCAGAAUUUGAUCCAUACGAAAAUGAUGAGGAUGGACCAAAUUUGCCAACACGUAGUAACGAAGAGUUUCGGCCGUUCAUUCGAAGACUGCCGGAAUUCAAAUUCUGGUUGUCAAUCACGAAAAGUACAAUCAUUGGUCUGAUAUGUACAUUCUUUGACUUUUUCAAUGUGCCCGUUUUCUGGCCCAUCCUUGUGAUGUAUUUCAUUACACUCUUUUGCAUAACGAUGAAGCGACAAAUUAAGCAUAUGAUUAAGUACAAGUAUUUGCCAUUCACCCGCAACAAGCCGCGCUAUCAGCGUGUUGUUUGAUUUGAGCGGGUCAUUGAUCGAGACACAUGCUUCAUUCAUACAAAUCACUCUUGUAACUGUAUUGACUGUAUUUGAAUAGCGAGCAAAAAACUACUUCAAUAUCGCAGAAUGAAGUGACUAUCGAGUAACUCCGACUUUGGAAAAAGCUGUUAAAAUCCUUUUGUAAUUUGGAUCCUUUUUAGUUCAAUUUAAUUUCCUUAAAGUUAAAUUUAAUUUCACUUUACACAAUUUGGUAAUGUUUUUUCCGUUAUAUAUCCUAAUUAAUAUUUAAAUGUAUGCAAAUGUUAUAAUUAUAAUUAAAUAUGCCUAGCAUAGACAUUUAUAACCUAUUUUGAACGUAAACAUAUUCUAACAUAGUGCUUAUACCAUAUACUUAUACAUAGAAAAUUAAGUGUAUACAUAUAUGGAAGCUAUUAAUUUAGAUUACCAUAAAUGUUGUUUUUAAAAUGGUAAAGGCGAAAUAGAUUGAUUUAAGACAACUUUGUCGAAACUCACAGUUGCACGGCCAUUUUCGCAGAAUUUUAAAACUUAUUUAACAUGAAUUUGCUGAAAAGUGUAACGAUUCAUGUGUUUUAUAAAUUAUGUAAAUUUACUAAAAUUUUUCUUUGUAAUUAAGUAAGUUUGUUUUUCCAAAAUAUACAAGAACUUCAAAAAACAGUUUUGCGCCGAAUUUUGUGAUUUGCUGACUGUAAAAUACUUAAACAUGAAUUUCAAAUCAAUAUCAACACACAUACAAACACAUGUAAGUGCAUCGUGAGUGGCGAAGUAUGGCAUAACAGUUUUCGAUUGUAAUAAUUAAUACCAAAUCAUUUGAAUAAAAUAUAAAUAAAAUACUUUAAGAGACCA